AUGUUGGUCGGCGUCGCUUCGGCGGCUUCGACGCUCGCCGUCGUCGCCUGCCUCGUCGUCAUUCCUCAGCUCUACAGCACUAUUAACGAGGUUUGUUCCUAACAAAUCCCUUGUCGAAUUCAAAAACUACGACACUUCUCUUUUUCUCUACAACUCUUUUUAAGAUUUCCUACUGCUCACAUUUUUUUUCAAGUUCAUACAAGCUGGUUGUCAUUCUGUUGAUUUUUCCGACUUUUUUUCGUUUUCUUUUCUGACAAUUGAGUAGCCUCUCCAAAACAUCGUUUCUGUGUUCAAAGGACCAUAGGAAACUUCAAAAAAGUUUUUCGAAGGGAAAAAUGUUUCUCGUUUUGUUUAAGGUAACGUAAGACUUCUGAGCCUUGAAAAGUCCCAAAUAUUCUUUAAAAAUCCCAAAAAUCUUUAAAAACCAUUCGGUAAAAGAAAUUUUUUUGACUUCUGCUCAAUGAAUCACUUUCAGAGAAAUUACUUUUUCCCAUCAGAAAAAUUUUUUUGAUACCUGAGCGCAUUAUUCGACUCUUACUCCAGCGUUUUCUAUCCUAACUGUCUUAAAAUUAUUUUUAAAUACUUUCAAAGAUCCUGAAAAAUUCCUCGAACUCAUUUAGUCCUUCUCGUAAGGAUUCUGAAACUCGAAAAAUUCCCUCUUCCAGCUAUUUUUUAUUAUUUCUCCUAACAAGUCAUAAGAAAUUUGACCCCUCUCAAAUAAAAGUCAAAUGAGACCAAUUUCAAACCAGUAAAUAAUUCUAAAACCACAUCUCCAGGUCCACGACGAAGUUCUCGACGGAGUCUCCGUCUUCCGUGUGGAGACCGACUCGGCCUGGACCGAAAUGAUGUCGAUCCAGAUCUCCGUGACGCCGCCGAGCAAGCCCCGUCAGAAUCCCUUCAACAGCAUCUUCCGUCAAAAACGUCAGGACUUCUCCGGAUUGCCGGCCUGGUGUCAGUGCGAACCGACCAAGCCGGCCUGUCCUCCGGGACCACCGGGACCGCCUGGAGAGCCAGGAACUCCAGGUUCGUCCGUUUUAAGUAGUGUUAGAGGCAGCAUACGUUCAAAAUGUUUUGAAAUGUGUUUUGCUCGUAAAAUAUGAAAUUUUUGAUGAAAAAACUGACUGUUAGGAUCUCCAACCGUCGAAAGUGGCGUCAAAAAAUUGUUUCUCGAGCCUCUCAACUUUCGACUUCUAUCUAGCUUCUUUCUGAGAUCCGAUAUACCGUGGUAACUUCCAUUUUUAGAAAAAGUGAAAAAACUGUUUACUUUUUCCAAUUCUACACGCAUGUUGAGUCAGUUCCAUUUCGAAACUCGAGAAAAAAGGGUAAACAAAUUGGAAGAAAGUCUGACCUUCAGGUAACUCUCAAUAGAAGUUUUCAAGUGGACCAGAAUGAGCAAAGUUCGAAAAAAUGUGCACUUUAUUAAGAAAACCCUAGCGGCCCCUUAAGUGGUUUCUCAAGAAGUAUUUGAGGAGGACACUGAAUUGGCCACUCAAACCACCUCUAUAGAAGCCACUAUUUUACGUCACAGUGGCCACUAUAGUGGUUUUUUUGUGGUAUGGUAGGUCGACUUGAACUGCUAAAGUGGCCACUGAUACUUUGAAACCCUGAAGAGCCCGCUGAAAAUUUUCCGAGUACUGCGGAAAAAGUUUACGAAACUUUUUGUUGAUUUACCUCUUCCUUCGCUUCUUUUCUACCAGAAAAAUCAAAAAACUGAAAUUUCUACAACCAAAACCCAUCCUAAAACAUUUCCUUCCAACCUACACUUCAUGACUUUCCGAAAUUCAGGACAAGUUGGACCACCGGGACCGCCAGGAGACGACAACCAAGCCACCUAUGCUCCACUCACAUGUCCUCCAAAAGACACGUCUUGCGUCAAAUGUCCCGCCGGAGCUCCAGGACCAGACGGGCCAGCCGGACCGGAAGGCCCGCCAGGACCAGAUGGCCAGCCCGGAGGCCCUGGAAGUCCUGGAAAAGACGGCGAACCAGGACCCGGCGGUCCUGCCGGAGACGCCGGCACACCUGGAACGCCAGGACCUGAUGGAGAGCCAGGAGCGCCUGGAAAAGACGGCCAGAAAGGCAAAGGAGAGCCGGGACCGCCGGGUCCGGCUGGAAACGCAGGACCACCUGGUCCUGCCGGACCGGCUGGAAAUAAGGGAGAAGACGGGGCGCCAGGACCACAAGGUCCUUCUGGACAGGACGGUCAGCCCGGAAGCCCAGGAAAGGACGGAGAAGCUGGAACGGCUGGCGGACCUGGACUACCAGGUGAGAAUAUCUUUUUUUCAAAGUCAAAAAUGAAAAAAACGUACUUUCCAUAGAAGCUUUGGAAAAAGAAAACACACAAGGUACUGUAUUACUCUCUCCUUUUCACACACUGUUUCUCCGGUUCUCUUCAAGACCAUUUUUCGAAGAUCUUUCAAUCCUAGUGACUCAAAAAAGCCAAAGAUCAUCAUCAAUUUGAAAACAAGAAAGUUAAAAAAGGAAAUAAAAGCCCUUCACUGCAGAAGUACUGUAUAAAACUCUUCAUUUCACCCACUAUUUCGCAGGUUCUCUUCAAGACCAUAUUCCAAAUCUUAGAGACCCAAAAAAGUCGAAAAUCGUUAUUUUUCUUUUCAGGAAACGACGCCGCCUACUGUCCCUGCCCUCCACGUUCCGCAGUCUUUGUCUCACGUUUCGCCCAAUAA